CAGAGCAACUCUGCUGCUCUGGUUCGGAAGCCUCUGUUAGAACAGACCCCCGCCUGCAGCUUCCCGACCCCCUGCCUGCUGCUAGUGAUCACUGGCAGGCAGCAGGCAAGCUCCCAUGAAACCCUCAAAGACAUCCCAGAGCUAUAGAAGCAUCCGGAGAAAUGCCAGCCAGCGCUACCUCUACCAGGAGUCUCUGCUGCUCAGCAGCUUGGAUGACAGCUUCAAUGCUGACGAAGCUGGGGACAGUAACGAUCCAGAACAAAUCUUCCAGAACAUACAGUUCCAGAAAGAUCUCAUGGCAAACAUUCGAUGCAGACCUUGGCCCAUGGGACAGAAGCUGAGGGCACUGAGACGAGCAAAGGAGAUUGUGCUGAAGUUUGAAGGGAGGCUGACCAGGACCCGAGGCUACCAAGCCGCAGGAGCAGAGCUCUGGCGGAAAUUUGCUCGUCUUGCCUGUAACUUUGUGGUCAUCUUCAUUCCCUGGGAAAUGAGGAUAAAGAAAAUCGAGAGCCAUUUUGGAUCUGGCGUUGCCUCCUAUUUCAUAUUCUUGAGAUGGUUAUUUGGAAUUAAUAUUGUACUCACCAUAAUGACAGGUGCUUUUAUUGUCAUUCCAGAGCUGAUUGCUGGCCAGCCCUUUGGAAGCACUGCCAGCAAGACCAUCCCCAAGGAGCACAUUGCAUCUGCUCAAGACCUGGACACCAUUUGGUCCCUGGGGGGCUACCUUCAGUACUCAGUCCUCUUCUAUGGUUACUAUGGCAGAGAGAGGAGGAUCGGGAGAGCUGGCUACCGGCUGCCCUUGGCGUAUUUCCUGGUGGGGAUGGCAGUAUUUGCUUAUAGCUUCAUCAUUCUUUUGAAAAAAAUGGCUAAGAACUCCCGCACAAGCCUUGCCAGUGCUUCAAAUGAAAAUUACACUUUCUGCUGGCGGGUGUUUUGUGCCUGGGAUUAUCUCAUUGGAAACCCAGAGGCUGCGGAAAGCAAAGCAGCUGCCAUCGUGAACAGCAUCAAGGAAGCCAUACUGGAAGAACAAGAAAAGAAGAAAAGCAAAAACCUGGCCGUGACAAUCUGCCUGAGGAUCGUUGCCAACAUUCUGGUGCUUCUCUCGCUCGCUGGGAGCAUCUAUCUCAUCUACUUUGUGGUGGACCGGUCCCAGAAGUUGGAACAGUCAAAGAAGGAGCUGUCACUUUGGGAAAAGAAUGAGGUGAGCGUGGUGGUCUCCCUCGUCACCAUGCUGGCACCAUCAGCCUUUGACCUCAUCGCCGCCUUGGAGAUGUACCACCCACGAACCACGCUGCGCUUCCAGCUGGCAAGGGUCCUUGUGCUGUACCUGGGGAAUCUCUACAGUCUGAUCAUUGCUCUCCUGGACAAAGUGAACAGCAUGAGCACCACGGAAGCUGCUACCAAAAAUACCACAAGUCACUGGAUAGAGUCUACCACCCUCUUUGCCACCAGAACAGCUCUUGGAGAAGAGAAAUGGCCCACUUCUUGGCCUGGGAUAGGACUCAGGAAAAACAGCACUUGGGCCAUGGAAGAGGCGAGCAUUCCAACAUACGCCAUGCCUCUCACUGAGGCCAACAAAACCACUUCCUACACCCCAAUUCCGCAAGACCAGUGCUGGGAAACAUACGUCGGGCAGGAGAUGCUGAAGCUUUCUAUCAUCGAUAUGCUCUUCACAGUGGCGAGCAUCCUGCUCAUAGACUUCUUCCGAGGACUUUUUGUACGAUACUUAAGUGACUACUGGUGUUGGGACAUGGAAAGCAAGUUUCCUGAAUAUGGGGAAUUCAAAAUAGCUGAGAAUGUGCUACAUUUAGUCUACAACCAAGGAAUGAUUUGGAUGGGGGCCUUCUUCUCCCCUUGUCUCCCAGCAUUCAACGUCCUCAAACUGAUUGGGCUCAUGUACCUGAGGAGCUGGGCUGUGCUCACCUGCAACGUGCCCCACCAACAAGUGUUUCGAGCAUCCAGAUCCAACAACUUCUACUUGGCAAUGCUCCUGUUUAUGCUGUUCCUAUGCAUGCUGCCAACCAUGUUUGCUAUUGUCCGGUACAAGCCAUCUCUAAAUUGUGGGCCAUUCAGUGGACAGGAGAAAAUUUAUGACAUCGUGUCAGAAACAAUUGAGAAUGAUUUUCCCUGGUGGUUCAGCUCUGUGGUUGGGUAUAUCAGUAGCCCUGUGGUUAUCCUGCCAGCUGUGCUGCUUCUUUUCAUGCUGAUCUAUUACCUUCAGAGUAUCGCAAGAUCAUUGAAGCUCAGCAACCAUCAACUCAAAAUGCAGAUCCAAACUGCAAGAUCUGAAGAUAAGAAAAAGGUUGCCCAAAUGGUAGAAGCUCGAAUCCAGACCCAGGAGGAAAGUACCAAGAGGCUUCCAAAGGACAGUGAUCUUGUCAGUCAGCUGUCCUUGGCGCAGUCGGCGAUGCCCCAAAACAAUGGCAAUGUGGUCAAUUUCAACUCACCAAGCAACAAGAGUGACAGGAUAGAGGCCGUCGCCCAAUCCAUGUCCCAGAGCCCCAGGCCAGGGCACGGGAGUCCCAGCUCACCCCUUCCUGGCAUCUCCAAAUCCUGGCAGGAGCAUAAUACAAACAGGUAUCCUCGAGGUCCAUGUGCAAGCACAGGUGACCUUCACAGGAACAGAUCCUGCACACCUGUGACAGUUAAGAAGCACCUGGAAGAUGUUCACUCAGAACCUCUUUUCCGAAAAGACUUUCAGCGGAUCAACCCACCCCUCCACAGACCCGGGGCCUCGGCCUCGGUGGCACGUGGUCAUAGACCCCUAGGCCCCAGAUGCUACAUCGUCAACGAACGCGACUCUUACAAAAAAGCCCUCCCAGCUUUCUGGCCGGGAAGACAUUUCAACAUAGAUGCCUCAGGUGACAUUGUGGAGAUGUACCCCAGGAACACGCGACAGUCUGUGUCCUGGGACUGCUCCCCACAGAUGAGCGAAGAAGAGGAGGAGAUUCUGAGGAGAGAUUUGAUCAAAAGGCCAUUCUACCCACGCUCCCUGAUAGACCUCCACCAGGCUCCUCGUUUCUAUAUCAGUGACAGGUCGGAAAGUCAGACACUGGCUCCCGAGGACCAACGAAGCACGCACUACAUAUCUUGGAAUGAUAGUUUUGAAGACCGACUGGACAGGCCAAUGUAUGUGCGCAAAAAGCCACGCUCCCGAAAUUUCCAACACCCACGGCACCCCCUGAAGCCCAGAGUGAAGCCCAGGUUUGAGCCGUCCCUCACGGAAUCCGACUCCAUGUCGGCAGCGUCCAGCACUGACCAGCACCUGCAGGUCGUCCACAGCCAGGGCAGGAUCCCGAGGGCCACGGGCCAACUCAGCAGAAGGAAGGCUGAGUCUGGGCCAGAGCUGAGCAGGGACCCGAACCACCUGAUUUAUUCCAACGUCUAGGGCCUGCCUCUGGUGUCCCAACUCACAGACAUUAGGUCACUAUCCAUGGGCUGGUGUUGGCCUGAAAUCCAUACAGCAAAUAGUCCCCCCGCUUCUGGAAAGAAAGAUGAACUCACCCAGUGUGUGUUAGAUGCUGUGUGGGGCAUAUCCAGGCACAUUGGCUGCUGGCUGUGGCCUUAACACCCACAAGGCUACAACCACCGGUUCUACAAUUACCACCCAACGUGAUCUUUUUCCUGGGAACCUUUGCAUCCAGAGCACAGCAGCACCUCCAGCCCAUUUGGCCAUCGUUUCAAGAACACUUCAGAUUUUUGCCUCCAUCUGGGCUGUCCUCAAAUCAUAGGCAGGACAGAGGGAAAAGGCCUCACCUGAGCUGUCCGUGCUUGUCCGCAAAUCACGAGUGAGCUGUCUGUAUUGCAAUGCUCUCUUUUAGCUUAAAAAAUCGCAACUCUGUAAAAAGCACCUGGAAGUUAGGCGGCUGCCCUGAAAGACCUCACAGUGCUUUGUUCACAUGAAUAAUAAGUUUGGCAAUGACAAGAGGACUUAAAAUUUAUUCAGAGCUUACUGUAUUGUUUAUUGACUGCUAUCUCUGUAUUAAUUAGCCGGGAUGCUUGGGUUGGGAGCCACAAAACCCCUGUGGAAAUUUAUUGGCUCAUUUUCCUGGGAAGGAUGGGAAUCCAGCUGGCCUCAGGCUCAAUUGGUGCCAGGGCACCAAACAUCUUCAGAAUUCUGUUUUUUCACCUCCCAGCUGUAGCCUGGAUUAGGUAGAUGCUUGUCUUUGGGCUUUAUAUUUAGAGAUGGUCGUUUUAAUCAGAAACAAACCAUAGAGUUGUCAUAUUAAGUGAUAUGAUAGCUACAAAAUGGUAAAAAUUUCUAAACAAGGGAUUGGCAUUAAGUAAUAUUAACAUGUAAAUUACUACAUCAGCAAGGUGUACUUUCUAGACAGAAUCUAAAGACUACUACCCAGAUAAGUCCAUUCAUUGUGUCAAUACCAUCAGAUUUGUAUCCAUCACUCAAUGAGUUACACCAUCGUCCACUAGGUCACGGAAGCUUGUCAUCUGGGCAUAAGUCUGACUUCUUCACCUCCUUUUCCAACCAUCCCAAGGUCUAUCUAUCUCCUAAGCAUCCCUCAAAUCCACUCCUGCUUCACUAUCUCCACCACCCUGCUACUGCUUUAGCUCAGGCCCUCGUUUUUUCUUUCCAAAAUUGUAUGGCAGCCUCCUAAGGAGUCUCUAUGGCCCCUCCAGUCCAUCUUAUCCAGCUACCAGAGGGAUCCUUCUAAAACACACGUGUAACUGUGUUACUUCCUGCUUGCCAUUGUGCUGUGGCUCUCCCCUACCUGCAGUGUACAAUCCACCUCUCCAGUCAUAUCACAGUGUUCUAAGUGGCUCCUUAUCUUAUCCAUGCCUUCUACUGCCUUCUGCACCAGCUUCAACCACUAUCACUUUCUCAAAUGCAUCCUGUGGUCCAGCCACCCUGGUAAGCUUCCAGCUCCACCAACAUGACGUGUACAUCGCACAUCACAGAAAGUGUUCAAUCUGUCAACCUGUCGUGAUUAAUGAGGAGUGUGCCCCAUUCACAUUUCCAUGGUAACUCUUUCUCCUGUAAUUUGUGUGUCUUUACUUUUCUGUUUCCUCCACCAAACCAUGAGUACCUUUAGAACAAGAAUGGUGUUUUAUUCAUUUCUGCAUAGCCAGUAUGUGACACAUAAUAGAUACUGUAUUCAUUUUCUAUUGCUGCAUAAAUUCGGUGGCUUAAAACCCCACAACUUUAUUAUCUCGCAGUUUCUAGACCCCAGUUAACUGGGUCCUCAGCUCCAGCUCUUGGGAAGCUGCAGUGAAGGUGUCAGCCAGGGCUGGCAUCUCCUCUGAGGUUUGGGAUCCUCUUCCAAGCUCAUGUGUUGUUGGCAGAAUUCAUUUCUUUGUGGAUUAGAACUGAGGCCCUCAGCUGCCCUCAUUACCCUGCCACUUGGUUCUCUCUACAAUAUAGCUGUUUGCUUUAAGACCAAAAAACGGUGUCUCUCCAGCUUUGAAUUUUUUUUCCCAGGGAAGGCCUGGACCCUGAUUAGGGCAGGCUCAUCCAAGAAUAUAUCCCGUUUGAUGAACUCAGAGUUAACUGUUUAAGCACCUUAAUUACAUCUGUAAAAUCCCUUCACAUUUUCCAUAUCAUGUAACCUCAUCAUGGGAGUGACAUACCAAUCAUAUUCACAACUGCCGGCAUAUCUUGGAGGCCAUCUCAGAAUUCUGCUGACUGCAGAUGCUUAAUAAAUAUCUGUUGAAUGUGAAUGGAUGGAUGACUAAAUAAAUGAAUGAACUAUACUGAUGAAUGAAUCACAAAUGGUAUGGUAAUAUGAUUGUAUUCCAAGAUCUGCUAAUUCUAAACAGAAAGAAAAAUUCAGUGUAAAUAAUGGCAUUUAGGAGUACACCCAGACUCAUGAAAAGGGGAUGCAUAUUUUCAAAGUCCUUACUAUCACAGUUCCAGGAGGGUGCAAUUUGCUCAAAAUUAAAUGUCCUACAAUGUCAUGGAACAUCCUUUUAUGAUAGAGGUGCCCAUAGAAUUCCAUGAUGAGUGUCCUCUCUCCCAGGUACUUGGUCCCAGGCUAGUGGCUCAGAGUUCCCUGGGCUAUUUAAUGGCAUCUCAGAGAUGCCUGGCCCUGCCCCUGGCACUGCAGGGAGCACCUGUGUCUUCGUGGGAGUGCAGAGACACAUCAGGCCCCGCCACCUUCCCAACAAAGUGUGAGAGUUGCCACCACACCCCCAGGAUGGAAAGUAUGAGUGUCACCUUUCAAUGAGCAACACAGUUCACAGACACCCUGCGCACUUAGUACUCAGUGAUGGAUUUAACUCAGAGACAUUUUAAAAAUAUAGAAUAGUCCAAAGGACAGUGUGUCAAGCACCCAUAUUCCCACUGUGAGUUGAAAUUUUACUAUCAUCUAGCCAUUUUAUUAGCACUAGCAAUAAUGAAGAAAACAUUACACAUGUAAUUAAAGUCCACUCUCCAAAGACCAUUAAGUCUCCUCUCCCACUAACAAGAGUUUGGUGUAUUUCCAUCCAGCCGGUUCUUUAUAAGUAGUUACAUGUGUGCAAAUGUACAUGUAUAGACAUCCAAAAAUAAUAUGUAAGUAAAUGCUCUCAUACUGUAUUAUCAUUGGACAUAUUUAUGUAUUUGAGGUUUACCAGAGAAAUAUAUAGAUCGAGGUAACUCAGUAUAAAUGUGGCAUAGAAUUAUCAUAUGAAUAAACUGCACAAUA